AUGGGCCUGGCUAGGGCCCUGCGCCGCCUCAGCGGCGCCCUGGAGUCUGGAGACGACAGGGCGGGCGAUGAGGAGGAAGCCGGGCCGGGGCUGUGCCACAACGGGUGGGCACCAGCGCAGUUGCCAAUGGGGCGGCGCCGCGGGCGCUUCGUCAAGAAGGACGGGCACUGCAACGUGCGCUUCGUGAACCUGGGCGGCCAGGGCGCGCGCUACCUGAGCGACUUGUUCACCACGUGCGUGGACGUGCGCUGGCGCUGGAUGUGCCUGCUCUUCUCCUGCUCCUUUCUCGCCUCCUGGCUGCUCUUCGGCCUGGCCUUCUGGCUGAUCGCCUCCCUGCACGGCGACCUGACUGCCCCGCCGCCGCCCGCACCCUGCUUCUCGCAGGUGGCCAGCUUCCUGGCCGCCUUCCUCUUCGCGCUGGAGACGCAGACGUCCAUCGGCUACGGAGUGCGCAGCGUCACCGAGGAGUGCCCGGCCGCUGUGGCCGCCGUGGUGCUCCAGUGCAUCGCCGGCUGCGUGCUGGACGCCUUUGUCGUGGGCGCCGUCAUGGCCAAGAUGGCCAAGCCCAAGAAGCGCAACGAGACGCUAGUCUUCAGCGAGAACGCCGUCGUGGCGCUGCGCGACCGCCGCCUCUGCCUCAUGUGGCGCGUCGGCAACCUGCGCCGCAGCCAUCUCGUCGAGGCCCACGUGCGGGCCCAGCUGCUGCAGCCUCGAGUGACCCCGGAGGGUGAGUACAUACCUCUGGACCACCAGGAUGUGGAUGUGGGCUUUGAUGGUGGCACUGAUCGCAUCUUCCUUGUGUCUCCCAUCACCAUCGUGCAUGAGAUCGACUCCGCCAGUCCUCUGUAUGAACUAGGACGUGCUGAGCUGGCCCGGGCUGACUUUGAGCUUGUGGUCAUUCUCGAGGGCAUGGUCGAGGCCACAGCUAUGACCACACAGUGUCGCUCUUCCUACCUCCCUGGUGAGCUGCUCUGGGGCCAUCGUUUCGAGCCAGUCCUCUUCCAGCGUGGCUCCCAGUACGAGGUCGACUAUCGCCACUUCCAUCGCACUUACGAGGUUCCAGGGACGCCUGUCUGUAGCGCCAAGGAGCUGGACGAACGGGCAGAGCGCGCCUCCCAGAGCCCCAAGUCUGGCUUCCCCAGCUCUCUGGCAGCAUUCUGCUAUGAGAAUGAACUUGCUCUGAGCUGCUGCCAGGAAGAAGAUGAGGAAGAGGAGGCCACGGAAGGGGAUGCAGCAGAGGCAGAGGACAUGGCUGCCAGCCCCCGAGUUCUCACACCAACCCUGGCGCUGACCUUGCCCCCGUGA